CGUCCUGGGCUGGGGUCCUUGGUGGGACGGAGCCAGCCCCUCGGGUGGGGGAGUCCUCACCCUGUGUCCCCUCAUGUACCCUGACCAGCCCCGGUGCCCACGAGUGCCCCCGUCCUGCCUCCCCCACCCCACAUGUGCUCUGGGAUGCUCUGCUGGGUGGGGGCCCGGAUGCUGUGGCUCUCCAGCGGGCUUGAGUGGCGGUCCCCGUGUUAUCCCUUAUUGCCAUGUAGCUUGUCGGCCAUGCUUCCUAUCUGUCUGUCUGAACCUGCAUGUGGGCCUUUCCUGGUGUGCACAGGGGGCCCCCACCCGCCAGGAAGAGGCUUCCGUGUGAGAGCUGGGGGCUGAGCGGUCCACCUCCUCGAGCCCCCAUCGGCACCCAGAGAGCUGGUGAUCCAGGAGACCUGGGGGGCGGGGGCAGCCCCAGCCUUGCAUUUUUUCCUUCUUUUAGUUCUUUAUUAAUCUUGUUUCAAUUAGAGAAGUUGUGGGGUCACAGAACAAUCAUGCAUAAAAUACAGGAUUCCCACGCACCCCCCUCCCUGUUGUUCUCACUUUGUGUUGGUGCAGAAGCACGUUUUAUGAUUGUGCUGCCCUAGCUGUGGUCCGUGGUUUCACUUAGGGCUCAGUGUGUGUGUUGUGCAGUUCCAUGGAGUCGAAAAAACAUUUUUAUUCUGUUACCACAUCUGCAGCCUGCCCUUCCCCCUCGCACCCACGUCCAGGUGUGUCUCGGGGCUGUGCCACCGUCACCACCUGCCACCACGUGCCCGUCGGGCCACCUCGGAGCUGGGUGCAUUUUAGGCCUUGGCUCCCAUCCGUGCCUCCUCCCCACCCCUUGGGAACCUGUGUUCUGGAUUCUGACUCUGUGGGUUUGCGUCUUCUGAUUGUUCCACUAAACUCGAUGUCUUCAUGUGCUCACGUGUUCCGGAACUCCUCCCUGGCUGACCGGUACCCUGUGGUGUGCGUAGCCCACCUGCCUCCCCGUCUGCUGGGUGGAUGCUGGGUGGCUGCCACCCUUGGUGGCUGUGGCUGCUUGUGUGCGCACGUCCGUCCACGUCCAUGGGGUGUGCUGGGCACUGGGUUGCUGGGUCCCCUCCUCCUGCCCACUGGCCGCCUCCUCCCCCUCCCCUGCCAGCCCCCAGCACCAGCUUCCUGGGGCCACUCAGGCCCUGCCCCAUGCUGCAGGGUCCCCUCUGGCUGGCCCUGGGAGCAUCAACCCAGCAUCCCCGGUGGAGUCUCACAUGUCACACAGUGUCACGGGUCCCUGUGUUCACCUGUCUGGAGGGAGUGGAUGGCGGCAUCCGUGUGUCCGCCGUCUCCUUCCAGAACUUUUUCCCAGCCCAGACAGAGACCGCAGACAGACCCUGCGCCCCUGCAGCCUGUCUCCUCCCCUCUGGGAGAGCCCGCCCUGGGUGUUUCCUGCCAGCGGGGUCACGUCUUGUGGCCCUUCGCACUUGGAGAGCGUCCCUGGGGGGCAGCCACGUGGGUGCGACAGCUCCUUCUGCUCCACUGGUGGAGCUCAAGAACGGGGAGACGUACAACGGGCACCUGGUGAGCUGCGACAACUGGAUGAACAUCAACCUCCGUGAGGUCAUCUGCACGUCCCGGGACGGGGACAAGUUCUGGCGGAUGCCCGAGUGCUACGUCCGCGGCAGCACCAUCAAGUACCUGCGCAUCCCCGACGAGGUCAUCGACAUGGUCAAGGAGGAGGCGGUGGCCCGGGGGCGCGGGCGCGGGGGCCUGCCGCAGCAGAAGCAGCAGAGGGGCCGCGGCACGGGGGGCGUCGGGCGAGGUGUGUUUGGCGGUCGCGGCCGAGGCGGCGUCCCGGGCGGUGGCCGAGGGCAGCCAGAGAAGAAGCCGGGCCGGCAGGCGGGCAAGCAGUGAGCGCCCAGGGCUGCGGCGCCCCAGCCUCGGCGGAGCCCUCCCUGCCCGUGGUUGGAGGCGCACCCGGGACUGUUGGCUGGUGGCGGCUCCAGCCGCGCAGCCUCGGCUUCUCGAAGGCCCGUCUCGCGGCCCUGGGGAGCGGGGUGCUCCUUGCAGGUUUGUUUCACAUUUAAUGCCAGAUCUGCAUGGCGAACAGACAGAGGUUUUUGUUUUAAGCCGCAGGCGCUGAGCUGGACCCUCUUGAGGGAGGCUCCCCUUCAGAACUGCUCGGGACCUGUCCCCCGUUAGGCCAUGUCCCAGGCCCCCUGCCGGGCCUGCCCCUCAGUGCCCCCCUCCCACCCUGUGUGACAAAAUAAAGACGAAUGCAGCUGCCA